CAACAAAACAGAAAACUUUUGACGUUUAGGUUAUGGAUAUAUAUUUUCAUUUCAUCCAAAUAAUAAAUGGUUUUCUCUAAAAACCUUUAACGUACUUAUUUCUUUAUUUGAAAGAAUGGAAGGUUUUGUAGAUCAUCGACUUAUUUGCAGAGCUUGUUUAAAAAUUGUAGAAUCUACUACACAGAGCUUUGGAUAUAUUGAAGAUGCAACUGGAAAUUUACGAGACAUGUUACUGUGUUGUGUUCCCGAAAUGGAUGUUUUUGUGUCUUACAAUCCUAUUGUAUGUAUUCAGUGUAUACAAGCUCUGAUUAAUGUUUACCAAUUUAAAUCAAGAUGUAUUAAUACAGAGACUAUAAUACGUACUUUUAUGAAAAAACACAACCUGAAUGAGGAUAACCCAGUAAAUCUAAGUGCUGUUGUUCAAGAACUAAUAGAGAUUAAUAAUUUUUGCAAACAACAAGAAGAAAGAAGGCGACACAUGGCAUUUGAACAGCAAAGAAAUAAUGUAGCACAUCAUUUUGUUCCGUCUCCACAUUUUUUAGAUUCUCUGAAUCAACCAGAUAUGCCAAUUUCCAAACAACAGAAUAAUAAUUUGUUAACUCCUACUCCUCCACUCAACAUUUUAGAAGGGAUGAAUCAGAUUCUUGGUAAUAUUCCGAAACAAAGUUAUCCACAAAUGCCUAGACCAAGUUUUGUGAGAUCUAGAUCACCUUCAAAUCUUGCAAUACAUAAUUUGGGACUUCCUCAUCAGAACCAUUCAGGUCUUGCUAAACCAUUGCGAUCUCCAAUGUUAAUGUCCCAUUUGGAAGCUCCAUCUCUAAACACUACCAAUGGAUUCACUUUACCGCCUAUUCAGUCUUCAAACGUUCCAAUCCAACAUAAUAUCGUGGAAUCUUCAACGUCUAAUAAUGAAUCUGAAAUAUCAUCCAAUCGAGAAUCUUCCAAUAUAGCUGAUGAAAAUAGUAUUAGUAAAAUUAACGACUUAAAAAUAGAUACAGUCAACGAAAAUAUUAAAAAAACAGAAAAUAAGUGUAAUUUUUCUGAGAAAAGUAAUACACAAAUAAUUAACUAUCAUCCAAUUGAGAGUGACCGCAGGUUGGUUAUAAAAAUACCAAGGUACAAAAUUACAGUACCUUAUAAAAUUAAAUCAAAUUUUAAAGAUUCUAUGUUAGAAAACUCAGAUGAUAAAAAUUAUGAAACUGAAGAUGCAACGCUGGAUAAUUCUAUUGAUCCAUCAUUAGAAGAUAUCCAGAUUGACAUGGACGAGGAUAUUCCAGAAGAUUUUCCUGAGUAUAUUCCAGAGGUCGGUAGUAUCGAAGUCAAUCAAAUUCAUAAUGAAGAAAAUAGAGAUACGAGUAUGGUACAACCUAAAAAUAUAACAAAAAUCUUCAACUGUGCAUGCAUGUAUCUCACCACAUCCGAAACAUUAUAUCAACAGCACAAAGAAAGGUGUAAAAGAGCUAAGAAAAAUGUUGUAAAAUGUCCUCACUGUCCGCAUAUUACAAAUAGGACUUACGCUUUAAAUAAACAUAUUAAUACCAUGCAUACUAAAUCAGUUUGGUUCCAUUGUGAGUUCUGUACAUACCGAAGUACUGACAAAUCAUGUCUUCGCCGCCAUGUAAGGAAAAACCACGAGGAAAAACCUGAUGUGGAAUCUGGUAAACAAUUCUGUUGCAAUAUCUGUAAUAUGGCGGUUGCCACCGAACACAAUUUAAAUAGGCAUAUGAUGAAACAUGAAGAAACCAUUAAUGCAAAUUAUAAAUGUGAUUUUUGUUCCUAUAACUCCAAAGAUCGCAGUAAUUACAGAAAACAUAUCUUUACACAUUCUCCUAUACAGUUGCAGUGUCCAAAUUGUCAUUACAUGAACGUUUCACCUUAUCAGUUAAGAACGCACAUAAAAAGGUUUCACGAUGGUGCUGGUAUCGAGACUGCCGAUUGUAAAAGUGAAACGCCGAUUAUUGAAAUUGUUAAUGACAUUAAGGAAAUGAUUAGUCGUAUUGAAAAUUUUCAAGCAAAUGAACGUAGUUAGUUUUAGAAUUAUUUAUUAUCCGAAAGAUAUUGUUUGUGUACCCAAUGAACACGGGCAAGUUAAUAUUUUGUAAAGCUAAUUUAAAUUAUACGAGCAACAAAGCUGCCACUUAAUGUCAGUUUGCGGAAAACGUCAACUUUGCGGUUGGAUUUCGAAACGGAAAAGUCUACUUUGGAUAGUGAUUGUAGAAAAAUGAAUUUUUAUGAAUAUUUUUUCCUUUACACCGUUCUAAGGCCCAAUUCUAAAAGUUUUAAUCUGCAUUUUCUUUCUGUGAUAUAUGUUUUUCCAAGAAAAUAAUAUUUUUUUGGUAAGAUUGAAAUUAUGGCAUCC